CCGGGCCGACCCUCCAGUUGCAGAGAGACGCGCUCCAGGUCGCUUGUCCCCGGAAGUGACGAUAAGAUCCUCCUCUAAGGAAGUGACGCCAGAAGUGCCCUUGACAGGCGGGGCGGGGCGGGCCGGGCUGUGCAACCCUCCGCUCGCGCUACGGGGAGAUGGCUCAGCGACUUCUCCUGCGGAGGUUCCUGGCCUCCGUCACCUCCAGGAAGCCCCCUCAAGGUCGGUGGGCACCGCUCACCUCCAGGGCUCUGCAGCCCCUGCAAGGCAGUCCUGGUGAUGCGACAGUAACAGCCAGCCAAGCCCGGUCAUUAUACACCACCAGAGUCUGUACAACGACCUUUAACGUCCAGGAUGGCACUGACUUUCAAGACCGAGUUGUCAACAGUGAGACACCAGUGGUUGUGGAUUUUCAUGCACAGUGGUGUGGCCCCUGCAAGAUCCUGGGGCCACGGUUAGAGAAGGCGGUGGCCAAGCAGCAUGGGAAGGUGGUGAUGGCCAAGGUGGACAUUGACGACCACACAGACCUUGCCAUAGAGUAUGAGGUGUCGGCUGUGCCCACUGUGCUGGCCAUGAAGAAUGGGGACGUGGUGGACAAGUUUGUGGGCAUCAAGGAUGAGGACCAGCUGGAGGCCUUCCUGAAGAAGCUGAUCGGCUGAGCAGCAGGUCUGUAAUAAAGAACUUUAUGUGACCCUUUCUACCUCCCGCUGUGAAGAAAGGACCCGGGGCCCUGCACCACAUUAUGCUAGAGCCAGCCCCGCCCCCAGAGAGCCACCUCCCUUCUCUCCUCCCGGGCACCAGGGCGGCGAGCGCGCACUGGGCUGGACUCUGGAAGUCUGCGGAUGCCACCCUCCCUCUCCACUAGCGGGCCCUGUGGUUCUCUGAGCGGGAGGCUCCCUGUGAAGAGACCAGACCAAUAAAACCGGGGUUUGUGCCGUC